AUGUCUUCAAUCUCCAACACCAAUAACAGCGACCCCACUCCGGCACAGCAAGAGUUCCAGGAUCUCAUAGCCAAGAACACAGAUACUGGCUCGCGACUACACCCCGAGGACAGAGACGAAGACUCGGACUACAGCGACCUCGACGAGGACGAAGAGUUCCGCAACGCACAGAUCGACGCAGCCAUGAGGAUGCCAGCCUUGAGACCCGAGGUCAACUUGCCUCCCAACUCCUUCGACGCCGGCCACAGCACUGGUGUCAAGGGUGUCAUUGCCGAUGCUCGCGCCUAUGAGCAAGCCCGCUCAUCAAAAUGGCGUGACCGUGUCCGCACUGCCCGUCGCUCCGUCUUUGGCCUCGGCGACGUACCCAAGGCCACAGACACCCAAAGCAGCGGCAGCGACGAAGAGUUGGACAAGGACGAGGCCGAGUUCCUCAACCAGUGGAGGGAGAACAGACGGGCACAACUCGAGGCGGAAUCCAGAGCGAACCCGCGGAGCCGGAGGACAAGCCCCAGCCUCCGCAUGUUCGGCCGCCUCGACACCGUCGAUGCCCUGGGCUACCUUGAUGCCAUCGAGAGAGUCGGAAGGGAAACCACCGUCCUCGUUUUCGUCUAUGACCACGAGUGCCAAGUAUCAAAACUCAUUGAGCAGGCAAUGCGCCCUCUGAUCACGGCUCACCCAGAGGUUCAUUUCGUCAAGGUCCACUACGAGGACAUUGAGUUCGACAAUGCGGCGGUGCCGACACUGCUCGCAUACCGCAACCAGGGCGACCUCUUUGCUAACAUGACCGGCUUGAUCGACAUGAUCCCAGACGACGAGGACUUCGAUACCGAUGCUCUGAAGAGGGUCCUGGAGAAGCACAACGUCCUAUAA